AUGUAAAAAUUAUAUCUCCUAUUUUGGCCUUCAUAUUCUAAAGCAGUACAUUCAGAUGUAUGAAUAAUACUAUUUUUUAGGAAGUUUACUUAAAUAUAUGUGGAUCACUUUUUUCUUGGAUAACCUUUUAAAAACCAUUAGAAAUAAUAAAUUCAUACCCAUUAAAUAUUCUGAUAAGCAUUAUCUAUACGUUUUUGCAUUUAACUAUGUUUAUUGUUUUCAGCUUUUCUCUAUAUAACUUGUAAAUUAUUUCAAAAAUAUUUACUUUCUAUAUUUCCUACUUUUAAUUGAUAAUCCUUUUUCACACUGAAAUACAUCAUCUAAAUUAAUAGUAUGAUUUGGCAAUUACAUUAACAUUAGGUAUAUUACUAUACAUAAACUACUUGAUUAUUGUUUAUUGUUCUCGUAAUUACUUUAUCAUAUCAUAAUAACAUAUGCUUAGAAGAUACUCAUUUUAUAAUUAUUUAAUUGUACUUGCCGAUUUUUUAUAUUUUAUUACAUUUCCAUUAAUUAAUGAUUAUGUAUCUAAAUACUCAUUGCUACUUUUGAGUUUCAUAUAUUUCAUUGAUGCAAUCAUUAUGUAACCAUAUUGCAUUAAAAUUAAUGUACUUAUUAAUAAUACUUAUUAUAGCUAAUCUAUAUAGGAGCCACUGGAGCUCUACUAAUAUCAAUAAUUAUUAGGAUAGUAUUUUGGACUGAGUCAUUAUAUGUUCAAUUUUAUACUAUUACAUUGAUAGUUCCACUUUGUUCUCAUAUUUUUAUGAAAAUUUAUUAGAACAUUUCUGAUAAUAUAUUUCAGUAAAAACUUUCAAUAUCUUUAAUCCUUCAUUUAGGUGAGAUAAUUAACCAUUAUAAUUAAACUUCAAUCUAAAAGAGUAUUGGAGACUAUAUAAUAAAAAAGUUUAUAGAUGUGGAGACUUUAAAUAGUUAGACUAUUCUUUAAUUAUUAGAAUAUCAUUUAAGAAAUUUAGAGAAAACAGAUGAUUUAGAAGAAAUCUAACUCUAUAGAAUCCUAUUAAAACAUGAAAUAUAAGGAACUUAUCUAUAAAGUUUAUUAGAGACAAAAAGAUUUUAGAUUCAAAAUAGAAAACAUUCAUUAUUUUUUAAAACAAUUGGUUUUUUAAUUAGUAAAAAGUAUGAUCAAUAAAUUUAAGAUUUAUAUUCAGGUGAAAACAAAUCUUCUUAAAAUUAUCAUUUUUAAAUUAUUAAAAUUAAAGAAACAGAUAAUUUAUUUUAAAAUUGUUUAGGUUUAUUCACAAAUUUGCUUGAAUAAAAAAUGUAUAUUUGGAAUUAAUUAUAAUAAGGAUAUGAUAAGAUAGAAAAUACAGUAAUUGAUUUAACUAAAAUGUACAAGAUUCUUAAUAAAUUAAAGGAUUAAAUUCUUUCAAUUUUAUAAUCUUCAGAGAUGGAAUUAAUUUUAAAGAUGUAAACUUUAAAAAGAUUUAAUGUUGUAGAAUUAAGACUAUUAUCUCUCUAUUAUUCAUUUCUAUUAAAUGAUUAUUAGUAAACUAAAAUUAUUGAAAUUUAUAUUGAGGAAUUAAUUAGAAUAGAAAAUAGUUAAACAAAUUCAUCUUUUUUAAAUUUAAAUAUCUUAAAUAAUGAUUUAAUUAUUAUUAGUUCUAGUAUCUUAGAAUAAACAGGAAAAAUGAUCAAAGUUAAUACUGAAGAGAUUAGUAGAUUUUUUGGAUAUGAAGAAAAUAAUAAGAAAUAGAAUUGUACUCUUAUUAAUUUAUAUAUGCCCAAAUUUAUUAGUCAAGAUCAUGAUAAAUAUGUUUAAAAGUUUAUUAACAAAGGAAAUUCAACUCUAUACAAUAAAGGAAAAUAAGUUUUUUGUUAAGAUUAUGAAGGAUUUAUAUUCCCAAUCAUACUAAGUUUUUUGCAUAUAAAUGAAAAAUCUGAAGACUUUAUAUUGACUACUUCAUUAUAAAAACUCAAAUCAAAUUAAGAUUAUAUUCUAUUUGACUAAAAUGGAAAAAUAUUAGGAAUUUCUAAAUAUGCUUAUUCUAUGUUAAUAAAUAAUCAAACUCAUAAUAGUUCCACUUAAUCAAUGUAAUCUUAAAUUGAAUAAUCAAUAUAUGAAUGCUAUAUAUAAUUUUGGAUACCUAAUAUAGAUACAUUAAUUUAAAAUUCUAAUUUUGAUCACGACAAGUAUUAAAUCAAUAAAUUAAUUCUUGAAUUAUCAAUAUUAACUAACUUCACACAAUAUUUAUAUUAUUUUAAGUAAUAUCAAAGUAUUAAUCCUAAUUUUAGUAAAGAGGCUUCCUAUUUUGAAGAAUUUUUGCAAUAUUUUAAACAAUAAUUGUCUAAUCAUUCAUUUAUGAUUAGUAUAAUUUAAUUUGAAGUUCAAAUUUCAAUGCAUAAACUGCCUACUGAAUAAUAUUAUUACAUUUGUAGCAUGUCAAAACAAUGUAAAGACGUUUAAUCCAUGUUAAGUUUUGAUCAAGAAACAUCAACUUAUAAUUAAGAUGAAAUUAUCAAAUAAUAGCAUAUUCAUGCUCAACCUCCAAUUAUUUAAAUUCAACCAAAAUUUAUAACAGAAAUAGAAAAAAUUACUGAAGUUUUACCAUAAACAAUUAGAAUAAUUGAAAAGUAAUUAUUAACUAAAGAAAUAAAUUAAGAUAGAAAAGAUGAAUUAAUAUUGUCUAACAUUGACAGUUAAUAGAUUAUGAAUAAGGGUAAUAGUAGCUUGUAAUUUGAAAAAUAAAAAAACGAUGCUAUAAUAGAAUUUGAUGAUUAAAAAAUAUCAUAAUCAAGUCGUUAGUCAAAAAGUUCUAAUUCUUAAGUUUAAGACUAAAUAAGAGAGUUAUAAAAAAAUAAAGGAUUAUGUGUAUCUAUAAAAAAGAUUUGGAUAAUUACUACUUUCCUUUAUAUCAGUAUAUAUUUGCUGGUUUUCGUAAUGUUAAGUAUUUUAUCUUCACAAAAUUAAUUGUUAUAAUAUGAUAUUGAAUUAGUUAGAAUUCCUGAUAAAUUCAAUCGCCUAUAUUGUUCAUUUGCUACUAUAGGAUAGAUGGAUUUAGAAAGAUCAUUAUUGGGUAUAGACUAUGGAGAGUAUAUAAGUUAUAGAAAGAUAAAUCAUGGUAAAGUUAUAAGAAAUGAAAUGGAAAGUAUGAUGAUAAAUUUAAAAAACAGAUUCUCUAUUUUAGAAAAUGAAAAAAGACUUUAAAAUCUUACUGUUAGAAUACUCAAUCAAUUUAGUUAUUCUGAAGAAGAAUUAACAAUGAUAUAAUUUGACAUGAUAGCUGAUUCUUAUACUGAACAAUUAUUUUAACACAUAAUUCAAGGGUUAAAUUAUUCAACAUCUAAUAGACUUUCCCUUAUAGAUUAAUAUUAUAAACUUUAAUUUAUCAAAGCAAAUCUAAUUAAUUAAAUAACCUCUUCUUAAAAUUUAAUAGAUGAAAUUAUUGUUGAGAUUCAAAAUUCACAAGAAACUACAAUUACUAUACUUUAUGCAUUAUUGAGUUUUAAGUUAUGUUUUGUAUUAUUAUGUAUCCUAUGUUUAAUAUAAUUUUGGAAAAAGCCAUUUAGUAUAGUUUAAUUAUAAGUUGAAUUAUUAAGUCAUUUAUCUGAAGAAUAAAUUAAAUUAAGUAUCAAUUCAGCUAAAUAAGCAAAAUAAUUGAUUUCUCAUCCUUAUAAAUGGAAAAGAACUAAUUAUUUAUUUGAAUGUUAUCAUAAAACUAUUUUUAAGGAUUAAUAAUGUAUACUAUCUAAAAUAUAAAAUAAUAUAUCUACUAAAAAAACUAAAUAAAAUUUAAGAUUGCUUGAUUAUUAAUUUAAUCAUUUAGGUAUAUAUCUUAAAAAUUGUAUGUAUCUUAUAUUACUAUUAAGUUUUAUAAUAUCAAGUUUUUUUUAUAUGAAAUAUGGUAUAGAUUCUACUUAAUCAGAAAUUCUAUUAACAAUCUAAUAUGUUUAAUUUAAAUAAGACUUAGAUUCUUUGGUAAUUUUAAGUUAACUAUUAAAAACUAAUUCAAUUUUAUCUGGAAGAGUUCGUGAAUUAGGUUUUCUAGAUUUAAAUAAUUAACUUUAGGAUCCAGAUAAAUAUUUUCAUACUUUGGAAUUAGAAUUAAUAGAAAAAUUUUAAAUAAAAUAGGAUAAAGCAUAAUAAGUUAACUAAAUUAUAUACUAAGAUAUAAUAAAUUCAAAAAAAAUAUCUUCGAAUGAUAAAGAAAUACUAUAAACAUUAUAUUAGGAUGAUUUAUGUUCUGUAAUGCCAGAUUAACUUCCAUUUUGUAAUUUUACUAAUAAUUAAUUCUAAUAUUUUCCAGAUUAUCCUAUGCCAAGAGAUGAAGACAAUAAUAGAGAAAUCUUUAGAAAUGGAAUUAAUGGCAUAUUUUAAAAGUAAAUUUAUAAUAUUAAUAUAAUAGAUUAUUAGUGAUAUUGAAAUCUUAUUAUUAAUUAGAAUUGUAAGGUCACAAAAAUACUAAUUAAACUGAAACUGAAUAUUUUUUAUCCACUCCAGAAUUUAAACAUUAUAUUUUAGAAUACUUUUUUGACAUUAACAAAGCUGUAGUUAAAUUUUAUACUACAAUUUUAGAAUCAACAACUGAUAUUCUAUAAAAUGAUUUUUAAAAUGCUUUAUUUUAUUAUUUAAUAUUUGGAAUAUCAGUUUUAAUUGUGUAAGGAACUUUAUAGAUAUAAAAUUUAUCCAAAAUUUAAGAAUUGGUAUCAGCUAGUAAAUUUGCAUUCAUUUUGAUGCCUUUAGAAUGUUUAAAUGAAAAUAAAUGUUUAGCUAUCAUCAAAUAAAUCAUAAAAUAAUAUGAUCUAUGA